CGUCUGGUCCUGCCAAAGGACGACUUUGGGUUAUCGAACAUGAUGGCUAUCAUUGAGCUCAAAGCCUCGCAGCAACAGAAAGCGGCCCCUCCACCGCAGGAUCCGGUGGACGAGCUUCUGUUCGGCAAACAGAUCGAUUUGAACAGCCUUCAUCCUCAGGUUAGGGAUAUUUAUGCCAGCACAUUCAAACAACUGAAUGAGAUGGAUGAGGUAUGUCAAAGCCAA